CGAGAGCCACAGAAGCCAAGAAAAGCCAAAGAUCCCAACAGGCGACGACUCCCUGGCCUCCGUUUUCUAUGGCGCCGUGUCCCCUGGCCUGCCCCCCGCGCGACGGCGUUGCAAGCGACCGGACUUGUUAUCAUCCAUGAACAGACAGGAGAGAAAACACUACUGUAAAUAUUGCCUAAAGAUUCUCUCGCCCGCGAUUACCCUGUCAGCUAGUAUGACUUGUGUUUCCCUACAUAGUGGUAGAUAGUGAUUUUUUAAAAAAUGGGUCCGCAUGAACUGAUAUGGUGGCCACUGCACUUCAGGCUCUGUCGUACUGGAUUAUAAGAGGUGGAGAUGAUGAUAGCCUGGCCAGUACACUGAACAAAGCAUUAUCAAGAAACCACAGCAUUAAGUGUGAGAUAAGAUGAAUGAGUUGUGUUCCUCGAAAAAGGAAUCUGCACUUAAAAGGCAAGAAAGUAUUUUGAAGCAUUUUCGAGCGUGCCAGAUUGUGCAAAAAUGUUCAGUGUGCGGUGACACUAUUGAUACAAAAGAUAGCGGUAAGCAACAGGAAUUGUACAAAUGUGGUGUUUCUCAGCAGUGUAAGAAAUGCUCACUAAAGAGUUCCUCAAAAGUUGGCAAACGUGAUGAAAAGUCCGCCAAUCUGCUUGUCCAUUAUUCAAGCAAGAUGACACAGAGUUGUAGUGAAUGCCAUGAGGUGUUUUUGAAGAAGUGUGACCUCCAAGCUCACAUGGUUACUCAUGCUAACUUUAUGGGCAAAGGAAAUCAUAGAGGGAAAAAUAAGUUUAGUUGUAGUGAGUGUAGCCAGACCUUUUGCAAGAAAGCUGAACUCCACUUGCACAGAAAAACAGUGCACAGCAAGAAAAGAUUUGUAUGCCAUGUGUGUAAGAAGGCAUUUGGCUCUGAGAAACCGCUAAAAAUGCAUUUGCAGUUCCACAAUGUUGGCGGAGAAUUCAAAUGCUACUAUUGUGAGAAGCAGUUUAAUAAAGCCUGGAAACUAAAAAUUCACUUGAUCACCCAUACCGGAAAGCCACCAUUUAUUUGUCAGUACUGUGGGGAAGAUUUUCUCUACCCAGGGAAAAUUGUCAAUCACCUAAAACAAGUCCAUGAUGUGUGGCAUCCAUGCAAAGAUUGCGGAGAAGGUUUCAAGUACUUGAUUACUUUCUACAAACAUUCAUGCAAAGUAUAUUGUUGUAAAGAUUGUACAAUGUCAUUUUCAAGCUUUGAUGAAUUGGCCACUCAUGCAGAAUGUCACAUAAAUGAGAAAAGCAAUAAUGUUGCUCACACUGCAGAUAUGUCCUUCAAGAUGGAUGUUAGCACGUCCAGUAAUGAAGAAAAGAAUCCAGUUGAAAGCUCGUAUUCUAAACCAGAUAAAAAGGAAGAGGAAUUCAUAAACCAUGGAAGAGAAUUAAGUGAAAGAUCAAGUCUGGACUCUCCCGAACAAACUAGUGGUGAAAAAAAGGUUUUUGUAAGAUCAUGCAAGGACCACCCAUAUGCACAUGAAAAGAAAAUUGUAAAACGGCUCCUAAACUAUGGACAGUGUAAUGAAAUAGGCAGAACUUUGAAAAAUGAAGUGGGGGGGAAAGAUGAUCAGGAAGUUGAGAUUAUUGAAGUCACAAACACAAGAAAAGAUAUAAAAACGAUAUUUAGAGAAGGAAAAAAUUCAGUGUGUGAAACUUUUAUAUUAAGAGGAAAGGAUUAUGAUGUAACAGUGAGAGACCCCUGUAAAGCAGUUUUUGGGGAUUUCUUAAUUGAAAAUGUCUCGCCUUCACUAAAUUCUGGCAGCUCUUUUAUUGAACAGGAUUUCAAAGUACCUGAAGCAACAGUAUCCUCAUCAAGGAAAUGUAGUGACCUUUUGCCAAAAUCUUUGCAAAAGAAACAAGAAGAAUACAAUAGAUCAUUAAAAAAGAAACUGGGAAGCAAAUUUAAGUUCUGUGUUGAUGCUGAUGGAAGGCACCCAUUAAAAAACGAGCUCUCCUUCGAGUCCUGGCUAAGUGGUGACACUCCACAUGACUUUGUUUUUGGUUUUGGCGCAAAUGCAAGAGACAGAGGCAUUUCCUGUAGUGAGGCUUCAGGUGAAUCACACUGCCAAUAUUUUAGUAAAAUGGUUCUUAAGAAAGAGAAGUCAGACAUGUCCUUUGAGGAUUUGUGCCUCUUUUGAGAGUGUCCAUUUUCUUCUUUUCUGUUGCUGUAUGUUAUGUUCAUGUCUCUGUUCAUAUAGAUUCCCCAAUUCUAAUAUUUUGAGGGCAUUAAUGUUGUUAUUUUAUACUUCCUUUUCUGUCAUUUGAAAUUAUAUUGAUACAGUUGCUUUUAUAUGGCAUUGAUAGAUUAAACGGUUUAGUUAUUAAAACAAGAAAAGUAUAUCAUAUGGAUGUCAAAAAAUUCAAGAACAUGUAUUUAUCACUCUGACUCUUCAUUCAUAUUUCAUUUUUUCUUGAUUGAUUCUUGAAAGAUAUCCGUUUAAUUACUGAAAGAGUUACCUGCACAAUGUGCACAACAGAAACUAUAUAUUUUUUUUCUGUGGUGAUGCCUAUAAUAAAUGCAUUUUCUGUGAAGCUCCUGUCCUAUGACACUGAAGCUUUGUACCUUUACAAUCAUGCUUACUAUGUAAGUUGAUAUCUAAAUUGUAAAGUAAUACUGGUGCAGCUCUGAGACUGUUAUUUCUACAACCUUCUUUCUGUAUUUUCCUGCAGUAUGAACAGCAAUCUCACAUUAUGCAAAGAGGUAUUUACUCAAGGUUGAGUGCUGUUGGCUUGGUCUCUUGAUCUUUGAAUUUAUGGGGAAUGGGAACCACACUUAGUAGGAAGUCAGGAUUUUUUUUUAUUAUUAUUUCGCUUGUUUGUUUGUUUGUAGAAUCUCAGUUGAAGACGUAUUGCCUUUAUUUUACAUUUUUCCAAGAUUUGUAUUUUAUAUGAUGUUGCAGUACCACUACUGUUUGCAUCGUUAGCAACAUAGAUGUGAUUUGAACACUUGGUUUGAUGUCGAAUGCUAGUCCAUGUGUGCUGUGCUGUACUACUUAGGGAAUUUUGAGAAUGAAGAUAAUUUGAAUAAGUUUAAUUUGUACUCCAACUAGCUGUUUGUUGGUAGAUAGGUUAUAUAUAUAACAUACAUACAUAUACAUAUAUAUCUAUCUAUCGAUCUAUAUC